AUGAAUCAAUCCGGAAUUAAAAGAAAAUUUUCAACAAAUUCGUCGUCAAUUAAACAAACAAUUAGUGAAACAAUCGAAACAGAUAUGAUUGUGACAAAUAAUAAUAAAAAAAUUGCCUUAUUGCCAUAUGAAAUUCCAUUGUAUACUGGAAUCAAAGAUAAUAUCGAUCGACCAGAAUACGAAAAUGAUCAAAAACAGAUUAUCGGUUAUUUUUGUCUAUUACCUGAAGAAAUAAUGAUAAAAAUAUUUCGUUUACUUUCAAUCGAAGAACUUAGCCUGAUGGCAAUGACCAAUUCAAAAAUUCGGAAUUUUAUAAUUCAAUUUUUUCUUUUUAGUCAUCCAGGAUAUGUUUUUCUUAUCCGAGCAAGUCAAUUCAAUACUAUUGAUAUAUAUGAACCACGAUUCAUAUUUGAAUCACAAAAACUAUUCUCACGAAUUGGUUUGUUGAUCAAACGAUCAACAUUUUUGUUUCGCACCAACGAUCGUAUCGAUAUGAUGAUCCAUAUCAUGGAAUUCAGCUAUGGUAUACCAUCGAUUCGUUUGCUGUCCAAUCAUGAUUAUGCCCAUUUCAAAUUGACAAUCAAAUGUUAUUCAAAAUUAAUGAAUACUUUUAUAAAAGGUUGGCGUGAUUUUGAAUGUGAAAAAAUGUUUCAAAAAUUGAAAGAUGUAUGUCAAAUUGAUUUACAAAUUGGAAAGAUCCUGAAAAAUACCUUGGGAUCAAAACAAAAACAAGAAUUAUUGGUGCGAAAUUUUUUUCGUAUGAUUUUUGCCCAUCCACAUGAUUCGUUGAAUAAUUUGAAGGAAAAAAUUGGCUGGUUAAUGAAAACUGUUAAUGUUUAUACAUUGUCAGAAAUGGCUCGUUUAUUCAUCGUCAUUUUUGGCCCAUUAGUAACGGUGAAUAAUAAUUUUCACAAUUUAUCACUACCAUACAUUGCUUGGUGGGAUUUGACUGAAUCUAAUUUUACCGAAAGAAGUUUUGAAGACUUGGGAUUAACAUUGUAUUUCCUGUAUUUGAAAUCUGAUGAAUUUUCCUACAGUAAAGAUUUUUUGAUCGAUUUGGUUGAUCGUAUUAUAAUGACACCGACUAGAUGGACAGCUAUGAAUGUAUCCGAAAUGCUUUAUUAUGCCGGAUACGAAUUGACAUUGACUUUUUUUGGUAAAAAAAUCAAAGAAGGUUAUAUUGAAGAUGUGGCCACACAAUUAUGUCAUCUGAAUGUGGUGACAUAUAAAAAUACAAAAGAUUUAACGACAAUUGCAAAAAUAAUCGAAAUACUUGUGAAUGAAAAUGGAUUCGAAUUGAUACAAAAAUUACCAGAUGCAUUUUCGGCUGCAUUUUUUGACGUUGAAAUAAUGAGUGAUGAAGAUCAGAUUGAGAUUUAUGAAAUAUCCGAUAUAAUUGAAUCACAAUUAGAAUUAAUGAAAAUUGCUCUAUUGAAAUGCAAUCAAAAUCAUCAUUAACUUUCUCAUCAUCUAUACACUCAUUCAUUUUAAUCUAGUUAAUGAAUUUCUCGAUAAUUAGUUAUAUAAUUUAUUUAAUGAUUGAAUUAAAAAUUUUCUAACA